CGCAUUGGAGUGCGAUUUUUGACCUUUCGCUUUCUGGAUCUAGGGUUUCGCUUUUGACGACUCGUUUGUCCUCCUCCACCAUCAUCAUCACCACCAACACCAUUGAAAUCAAAACCCUAGCUCCACCACACACUGUUUUCGAGACGAAAAUCCUAUCUUUUUUUUUUUGUGUAGCAAUCGGGGAUCGGAGAAGGCUGGUUAGGGUUUUGUGGUCAUCGUCACCAUCAGCAGCAAUCAGAUCUUAAACUUUUCCAGGAAAAAAGAAAUCCUAAUUUUUGUCUCACAGAUCGGAGAUAUUUUUAGUUUUGUUUGUUAAAUUCCAAAAAAUCGGAUCAAAUCUAAAGCAUUCUUGAGACGAUGAUGAUUUUGCCCUGGAAAGAAACUCGUAGAAAUCCAUGAGUUUUACACGGAAAUUGAUGAACAAUCUGAGCCACCAAAGAGUGAGAUUUUGAUUGGCCAAAAAUGAAUAUGUAUAAGGCGGUGGUGUACCAGGGGGAGGAGGUACUGGGAGAGGUAGAGAUGUACCCAGUAGAGAACAACAACAACAACAACAUGGUGAUCGAAGUGAAGGAAAUCAGAAUAAGUCACUUUUCGCAAGCGAGUGAGAGGUGUCCACCACUGGCAGUGCUCCAUACCAUUACGUCUAGUGGGAUUUGCUUCAAAAUGGAGUCAAAGUCCUCGCAGUCACAGGACUCGCCGCUCUAUCUUUUGCACUCCUCGUGUAUCAACCAGAACAAGACUGCAGUAAUGCCACUAGGAGGGGAGGAGCUUCACUUGGUUGCUAUGUAUUCCAGGAAUAAUGAAAAACAAUAUCCAUGUUUCUGGGGAUUCAACGUUGCAUCAGGACUUUAUGAUUCUUGUCUUGUCAUGCUGAACCUUAGAUGUCUUGGGAUAGUAUUUGAUCUUGAUGAAACACUCAUAGUAGCAAAUACAAUGCGCUCAUUUGAGGAUAGGAUUGAGGCCUUACAGCGUAAAAUAAACAGUGAAGUGGACCCACAGCGGAUUUCUGGUAUGCUGGCAGAGGUCAAGCGUUAUCAAGAUGACAAGGCUAUAUUGAAGCAAUAUGCUGAAAAUGAUCAGGUCCUUGAAAAUGGAAAAGUGAUCAAAACUCAGUCUGAGAUUGUUCCAGCCUUGUCAGAUAACCAUCAACCUAUCAUUCGGCCACUUAUACGGUUACAGGAGAAGAACAUUAUUCUGACUCGCAUCAAUCCGCAGAUUCGUGAUACAAGUGUUCUUGUGAGGUUGAGACCUGCAUGGGAUGAUCUCCGGAGCUACUUGAUUGCAAGAGGGCGCAAACGCUUUGAGGUUUAUGUUUGCACGAUGGCUGAAAGGGAUUAUGCUUUAGAAAUGUGGCGGCUACUUGAUCCAGAUUCAAAUUUGAUAAACUCAAAAGAACUAUUGAAUCGCAUUGUUUGUGUCAAGUCUGGUUCAAGGAAGUCAUUGUUCAACGUCUUCCAAGAAGGCUUAUGCCAUCCUAAGAUGGCAUUGGUCAUUGAUGAUCGCUUGAAAGUGUGGGAUGAGAAAGAUCAACCACGGGUGCAUGUUGUUCCUGCAUUUGCUCCAUACUACGCUCCCCAAGCUGAGGCAAAUAAUGCUAUACCUGUCUUGUGUGUGGCGAGAAAUGUUGCCUGCAAUGUUAGAGGUGGUUUUUUCAAAGAUUUCGAUGAGGGUCUUUUACAAAAGAUUUGUGAUAGUAAUCAUGAAGAUGAUAUUAAAGAUAUUCCUUCUGCUCCUGAUGUGAGCAACUAUUUGGUUUCUGAGGAUGAUGCUUCCGCUUCAAAUGGAAACAAAGAUCCACUUUCUUUUGAUGGCAUGGCAGAUACUGAGGUUGAAAGAAGACUAAAGGAAGCACUAUCGGCUUCUUCAACAGUUACUAAUCUAGAUUCAAGGCUUGCUCCUGCUCCUCAGUAUACGGCAGGAUCGGCUUCUAGCUCAAUUCCACUGCCAACUACUCAGGCCUCAAUGAUGCAAUUUCCCAAUAUACAGUUCCCUCAGCCCGCUUCACUUGGGAAACCAUUGGGUCAUGUUGGGCCCCCAGAACCAAGUUUGCAAAGUUCUCCUGCUAGAGAAGAGGGUGAGGUACCAGAAUCAGAAUUAGAUCCUGAUACAAGGCGGAGGCUACUUAUAUUGCAACAUGGGCAAGAUACGAGAGACCAUGCAUCAACUGAACCUCCAUUUCCUGUAAGACCUCCAAUACAAGUUCCUGGUCCACGGGUGCAAUCACGCAGUGGGUGGUUUCCAGUGGAGGAAGAGAUGAGCCCACCACAACUGAGCCGAACAGUACCCAAAGAAUUUCCUUUAGAUUCAGAACCAAUGCAUAUUGAGAAGCAUGGACCUCAUCCUUCUUUUUUCCCUAAGGUUGAGAGUUCUAUUACUUCUGAUAGAGUUCUUCAUGAAAAUCAAAGAUUGCCAAAAGAGGCAUUUCAUAGAGAUGAUCGGUUGAGAUUAAACCAUACACUGUCUAGUUACCAUUCUCUCUCAGGGGAGGAGAUUCCAUUCAGUCGAUCAUCUUCAAGCAACAGGGAUCUUGACUUUGAAUCUGGACGAGGUGUUUCAAAUGCAGAAACUCCAGCUGUAGUGUUACAGGAUAUUGCAAUGAAGUGUAGAACCAAGGUGGAGUUCAGGCCAGUUUUGGUUGCUAGCGCUGAAUUGCAAUUCUCCAUUGAGGCCUGGUUUGCAGGAGAGAAAAUUGGUGAAGGAAUUGGUAGAACAAGAAGGGAAGCGCAACGUCUGGCUGCUGAGGGUUCUCUUAAGAACUUGGCUAAUAUAUAUAUGUCACGUGGUAAGCCUGAUUCUGGGCCCAUGCAUGGGGAUGUCAGUAUGUUUCUCAACGCAAAUGACAAUGGUUUUGUGGGUCAUUUGAAUUCUUUUGGGAAUCAGCCAUUGUCCAAAGAGGAGUCUGUUUCAUUUUCAGCUUCAUCUGAACCAUCUAGGCUUCUGGACCCUAGGUUGGAAGGUUCAAAGAAGUCAAUGGGUUCAGUCUAUGCACUGAAAGAAUUAUGUACAAUGGAAGGCCUUGAUGUAGCUUUCCAGCCUCGGCCUCCACCUUCUGGUAAUUCAGUUCAGAAUGAUGAAGUUUAUGCAGCAGAGGUUGAAGUAGACGGACAGGUCUUAGGGAAAGGGAUGGGGCUGACAUGGGAUGAGGCUAAGAUGCAGGCUGCUGAAAAGGCGCUUGGAAGUCUAAGAUCAAUGCUUGGUCCAAUUAAUCAGAAGCGUCAGGGUUCUCCUAGGUCAUUGCAUGGGAUGUCAAAUAAACGUCUGAAGCCAGAAUUUCCACGAGUUCUGCAACGGAUGCCUUCUUCUGCUAGAUAUGCCAAGAAUGCUCCUCCUGUACCCUGAAUGACCAUCACGCCUUCUUUCAUCCCACUUUUUGGUACAGCUGCCGUUGGGACGUUUUUACGGUACAUAACUAGCUUAGAGACGAGCAAGGGGCAUUGAGAUCCAGGACUGCCAAUUGAUAUUAGCCCCCGAUUUUUCUUAAGAUGUAAGAAAGUCGAGUGGAACUCCCUCCGGAUUGAUCUUGUGGCUUCAUCUCAGAUUCAUAUGAAAACAGGGGGAGGCACCAAAAGGUAUCCCUGUUUCAGGAUUUGCGCUUACUAUUGUAUGAGGCCUUUUCUCCCCAAAAUGCUAAGAGACCUCACAAGAUGAUAGAAUGCAGUGCCAUGUAGUACCACUUUUUAAUGUGGCCGAUGCCGUCGGUGCCUUUUUCUGCGAGCUGAUUUCGGUUGGAUUUAUUUACGGCGUAUUGAUAUUUGUUUAAGCAGAAGAAAACUGAAUAUGGUGUUCAUCAUGGGCAGUUUCUGGCCUUGCUCGGAGUCGCCUAACAUACUAACCAUUGACAGUCUUACCCAAUGGACUGUUUUUCUUCUCAAUGCUCCACCUCUCUGAAGAUACAGAAUAUGUUAAUUUCCGUGUCCUGAGAGUGGUGAAAGUUAACAGUGAUGGCGAUCUGAGCUGCAUUACAGUUUCUUCACUUGUAUGUAUGGAUUGGAAUUUUUUUCAUCACCUUCGACUUGGUUUGAUGAACUUAGGUGAGGCAUUUCGAGGAGGAUGUUUCCCCA